AUGCUGGGCUGUGGCCAUGGCUGGUACUGUCCAUCCUGCAUCAACCACUUCGUGGAGGCAAGGCUGGAGUCUGGCAUCUCGGGGGAUAUCCCCUGCCCGGAUUGCGCGAAGGCCAUCUCCGAGGAAGACCUCCUGCGACUGCUUCCGAAGAAGACAGUCUUUCGACUGCAUGCCUCCAACAUUCUGCGCCGUGCUGCGGCAUCGGGCAACGUCGUGAGACCCUGUCCAACUCCCGACUGCAUGAUGAAGAAAGCUUUUCCUGAUGCGACCUCUGCGAGGGGCACCUGCCCACUUUGCGGUCUUGAAGCAUGCUGGAUGUGCGGCGCCCAGCCGUAUCACGAAGGCUUGACUUGCGAGGAGCACCGGAAGCGACAGCGCGGAAAAGGCGCCGACGAGAGCUUCAUGGAGUGGAUGAAAGAGACAGGAACGAGACAGUGCCCCCAGUGCGGGAUGGCGACUUCCAAGGAAAAUCUGGACGCCCAGACGGACCAGGUGGAAGAGUGCCACAAGAUGAUGUGCCGCAACUGUGGAUGCAA